AUGAUUGGGAGGUAUUUUUUUAAUUAUCCUUCCUUUUUAGAUUUUCUUUUUGUUCUACCCUCUGGUAUUCCUUCUUACACUUUAUUCUUUCAUUUUUAUUUCCAUAUUUUCCCAAUUUUUUGUUGCAUUCUUUCACUUAUUAUUAAAUCUAUUCCUUAUUUUAUCAACACUCUUAUUACUUUAUUUGUUCAGUUAUUACAGGAUUAUUCAUUCAUUCUUCCUUUUUUCUUUCUCUUUUUCUAUGUCCUCUUCCUUUCGUUUUUAUACUUUUCACUUAUUAUUUCUUUCUUUCUUUCGCCUCUGUUUCUUUCUUUCUUUUUCUCUUUCUCUCUUUCUCUGUCCUCUUACUUUUGUUUUUAUACUUUUCACUUAUUAUUUCUUUCUUUCUUUCGCCUCUGUUUCUUUCUUUCUUUCUUUCUUUCUUUCUUUCUAUGUUCUCUUCCUUUCGUUUUUAUACUUUUCACUUAUUAUUUCUUUAUUUAUUUCCGCUGGCAUUUUUUCUUUUUUUUCUUUUGUUUUGCUAUCCCUGUUCUCUUCAUUUCUUUCUUUCUUCCUUCUUUCUUUUUUUUCGCCUCUGUUUCUUUCUUUAUUUAUUUCUCUGCUAUCUAUCUCUGUCCUCUUUCUUUCGUUUUUAUACUUUUCCUUAUUUCUUUCUUUUAUUGUUUCUUUCUUUCUUUUUCCUUUCUCUCUUCUAUGUCCUCUUUCUUUCGUUUUUUUACUUUUCUUAUUUUUUUUCUUUUUCUCUUUUUCCCUUUCUCUCUUUCUAUGUCCCUUUCUUCGUUUUUUAUACUUUUCACUUAUUAUUUCUUUUUCUCUUUUCGCCUCUGUUUUCUUUCUUUCUUUUUUCUUUCUAUGUCCUCUUUCUUUCGUUUUUAUACUUUUCACUUAUUAUUUCUUUCUUUCUUUCGCCUCUGUUUCUUUCUUUCUUUUUCCCUUUCUCUCUUUCUAUGUCCUCUUUCUUUCGUUUUAUACUUUUCACUUAUUAUUUCUUUUUCUUUCGCCUCUGUUUCUUUCUUUCUUUUCCCUUUCUCUCUUUCUAUGUCCUCUUUCUUUCGUUUUUAUACUUUUCAAUUUAUUUCUUUCUUUCUUUCCUCUGUUUCCUUUCUUUUUUCUUUCUCUCUUUUUCCUUUCUUUCGUUUUAUACUUUUCUCUUAUUUUUUCUUUUUUUCGCUUUUGUUUCUUUCUUUUUUUUCCCUUUCUUUCUUUCUAUGUCCUCUUUCUUUCGUUUUUUUUUCUUUCUUUCUUUUUUCUCUUUCUUUCUUUCUCUCUCCUAUUCCUCUUUUUCGUUUUUAUACUUUUCACUUAUUAUUUCUUUCUUUCUUUCGCCUCUGUUUCUUUCUUUCUUUUUCCCUUUCUCUCUUUCUAUGUCCUCUUUCUUUCGUUUUUAUACUUUUCAUUAUUUCUUUCUUUCUUUCUUUCGCCUCUGUUUUCUUUCUUUUUCCUUUCCCUUUCUCUCUUUCUAUGUCUUUCUUUCGUUUUUCUUUUUUUAUACUUUUCACUUUAUUAUUUCUUUCUUUCUUUUUCGCCUCUGUUUCUUUCUUUUCUUUUUCCCUUUCUCUCUUUCUAUGUCCUCUUUCUUUCUUUUUUUACUUUUCACUUAUUAUUUCUCUUUCUUUCUUUCGCCUCUGUUUCUUUCUUUCUUUUCCCUUUCUUUCUUUCUUUGUCCUCUUUCUUUCGUUUUUAUACUUUUCACUUAUUAUUUCUUUCUUUCUUUCGCCUCUGUUUCUUUCUUUCUUUUUCUCUUUCUCUCUUUCUAUGUCCUCUUUCUUUCGUUUUUAUACUUUUCACUUAUUAUUUCUUUCUUUCUUUCGCCUCUGUUUCUUUCUUUCUUUUUCCCUUUCUCUCUUUCUAUGUCCUCUUUCUUUCGUUUUUAUACUUUUCACUUAUUAUUUCUUUCUUUCUUUCGCCUCUGUUUCUUUCUUUCUUUUUCCCUUUCUCUCUUUCUAUGUCCUCUUUCUUUCGUUUUUAUACUUUUCACUUAUUAUUUCUUUCUUUUCUUUCGCCUCUGUUUCUUUCUUUCUUUUCCCUUUCUCUCUUUCUUUUUGUCCUCUUUCUUUCGUUUUUUUUACUUUUCACUUUUUCUUUCUUCCCUUUUUUCUUUUUUUCCUUUUCUUUUCUUUCUUUUCCUUUUUCUUUGUUUUAUACUUGCCUAUUUCUUUCUUUUUUCUUUCUAUGUCCUCUCUUUCGUUUUUUAUUUUUCUUUCUUUUCUUUCCUGUUUCUUUCUUUCUUUGUCCCUUUCUCUCUUUCUAUGUUUUUUUACGUUUUUCCCUUUUCACUUAUUAUUUCUUUCUUUCUUUCGCCUCUGUUUCUUUCUUUCUUUUUCCCUUUCUCUCUUUCUAUGUCCUCUUUCUUUCGUUUUUAUACUUUUCACUUAUUAUUUCUUUCUUUCUUUCGCCUCUGUUUCUUUCUUUCUUUUUCUCUUUCUCUCUUUCUAUGUCCUCUUUCUUUCGUUUUUAUACUUUUCACUUAUUAUUUCUUUCUUUCUUUCGCCUCUGUUUCUUUCUUUCUUUUUCCCUUUCUCUCUUUCUAUGUCCUCUUUCUUUCGUUUUUUAUACUUUUCACUUAUUAUUUCUUUCUUUCUUUUCGCCUCUGUUUCUUUCUUUCUUUUCCCUUUUUCUCUUUCUAUGUCCUCUUUCUUUCGUUUUAUACUUUUCACUUAUUAUUUCUUUCUUUCUUUCGCCUCUGUUUCUUUCUUUUUUUUCUUUUUUCUCUUUCUAUGUCCUCUUUCUUUUCGUUUUAUACUUUUCACUUAUUAUUUUCUUUCUUUUCGCCUCUGUUUCUUUCUUUCUUUUUCCCUUUUUCUCUUUCUUUGUCCUCUUUCUUUCGUUUUAUACUUUUCACUUAUUAUUUCUUUCUUUCUUUCGCCUCUGUUUCUUUCUUUCUUUUUCUUUCUCUCUAUGUCCUCUUUCUUUCGUUUUUAUACUUUUUUAUUAUUUCUUUCUUUCUUUCGCCUUUGUUUCUUUCUUUUUCUUUUUUUCCCCCUUUCUCUUUCUAUGUCCUCUUUCUUUCGUUUUUAUAUUUUUUCACUUAUUAUUUCUUUCUUUCUUUUUCCUCUUUUUUUCUUUCUUUUCCCUUUCUCUCUAUAUUUCUCUUUCUUUCGUUUUUAUACUUUUCACUUAUUAUUUCUUUCUUUUAUUCUCUCUACAAUUUCCUUUUACUUUUUGUUUUAUCUUCUAUUUUUCUUUCUCUCUUUCUAUUUCAGUUAUACAUUUUCUUUAUACAUUUUUUCACAUUUUUCUUUCAUUUUGUUUUCUUUCUUUUUUUCUCUUUUCAGAUACAUAGUCUCCUUAUAUUUUCUCUUUCACCUUCAUUUUUUCAUUCUCGAUUUUUUUCUCUUUUUGACUUUGUUUUUCCCUUCUCUUUCAAAUUCUUCCUUUUUUUCUUUCCAUUUUCUUUCUCAUUUUUUCUUUCCCUUUCCCCUUUAUUUCUUUGUCGGAUAUUUUUUCUGA